AUGGAAGAAUUUAUGUGUGUGCAAUUGAAAUCUUUGGAACUUGAAGAAGAAUAUUAUGAAAAUAAUACGUUAUACCAUGAAUUUUGGGUUGGUGAUAAAAGUUUUAUUAAAUCCGAUAGUGAUAACGAUUCUAUAAAAGCUGAGUAUGGCAAUAGUGAUAGUGAAGACACGAUGAAUGUAGAACCACCGUGUCGGUACCACCCCAAAUACGUGGAGUUUGUAGUGUUUAAUAUGGAAAUGGAAAAUCAAUAUAAAUGAAUGCGGGAAGGUUUAGCAUUUGCGAUGUUUAAGGAAAAAGUUGAGACGUAAAUGGGAAUCAUUAUCUGACAUUAGCAAGAGUUUUGAGCAUGACUUGUCAUGACUAAUGUACACGGGUGAAAAGUUGGGGUCUGGCAAUGAUGUGAUGUUAGAUGAUUUCAUAUGUUUUCUAUAUGUUAUCAGUCAAACACAACAAUAUGAUGAUGAAAUACUGUCUACUUAUCGAACAGAAUUAGCAGAAAUGAAUAAGAUAAAAUAAUGUACACGAGGGAAAAUUUUUAUUUAAAUUUUUCUGGACAUUUUAUUUUAAGUUCAUUGAUUAAAUGUUUCAUAGUGUUUUUGUACUCUACAGUGUUUAACAUUUUUUUAACAUUUAUACGAUUUUGUUCGGCUGUUACAUGAUUAUUUGUACCGUCAAAAUACAUUUGUCCUUCGUCGGUGUCAUCGUCGGAAGACGAUUCGGAACUAUACUCUUUUUCAUCGUCUUCUCUUUUUCUUUUGCUCGUUUUUUUUUUAGAAGUCAAACUUUCUUACUAGCACACAUUGAUUACAACAGCGGGAUUCCCUAUCACGCAUUUCCCGAAAACAAUAGAAUGUCUUGUUCGACCGUAAGUCUUGCUCGUUUUUGAUAUCCUUAAGAUUUGUUAUGGGUGAGAUUUUACUGUUUACUUCUGUUAGUCCUUCGUUGAUUUUUUUCAAUUUUUUAAAAUUUUUUUCAAAGCUGUCGUCGUUGUUGUUUUUUCGUAAUCGUUUAGGUUUUUGUUUAGGUUUAUUUCGUUUUUGUUUUCCUUCCCUUCUUAUAUGUACAGCGUUAAUUAGCGUGGUUUCUGAUACUGCCGAUGUUUCUCCACAAUUGUGUGUAUCAGUAGGUUGGUUUAGUUGAUAAUGCAAUAUUUUCAGACUUGUGUCGUACAAUUGUCUUGUUUAAGACAAUUGAGACAUUUUGCCACACAGCGACAUUCUCUUGGACCCACACAGUAAUCACAGUUCGACAUUUUGUGAAGAAAUAUAAAUGA